AUGGUUAGUUUCAAAUCACUAUUACUUGCUGCUACUUCUCUAGUUAGCAUUGCUCAAUCUAGAAAAGUUUUCAUCGAGAAUGAUGGUUUAGAAGCUUUGCAACUUUUGAUUCCUCUCUAUGGUGGUGUCGAGGUUGUUGGUAUGUCCAUGAGUUUCGGUUCUUAUUCUGCUGUUGAUGCCGUUGCUGCCGGUUACAAUGUUCUUAAAGAGUACAACAUGACCUCUUGUAUUCCUUUGUACUUGGGUGCUCAACAACCACUCUUGCAAACCAAUGACACUUUCCAAAUGCAUAGUCAACUUUUUGGUGCCCCUGUUUGGGAGGGUGGUUUUUCACCUGAUUACGAAGAUUCUUACACUUGGGAUGAAGUCGAUUAUGAUCAAGAUACUCCAGGUGCUAUUGCUUUGAUUGAAGCUGUGAAGAAAUACAAAGACACCGAUCCAGUUAUGAUUUUUGCUGCUGGUAUGAUGACCACUGUUGCUCAAGCUUUGAGCAUUUAUCCAAAAUUGGCUGAAGAGGCUGCUGGUUUGUACAUCAUGGGUGGUUACAUCGAUACACAAUACGCUCAAGCCGUCGGCACUGCUAUCCAAGUUGAUAUUAACACCGAUAUUAACUUGAUUCAAGACCCUGAAGGUGCUCAAAUUGCUUUGACUGCUCCAUGGAAAGAAUUGUACAUUGGAGGUAACGUUACUAACUACUUGGUUCCUUCCCAAGAAUUAUACAACCGUAUCAUUGCUAAAGCCGGUUCUUUGGAAGCUAUUAACAACAACACUUAUUUUACCGCCCUUCAAGACAUUGUUUACACUGGUAACUACGCCGAAAACAACGAUCAAGAGACUUUGCCAUUCUGGGAUGACGUUGUUUCUUUCUUUAUGACUUAUCCUGAAUUGAUCACCAGCUCCACCAACGUUUCCUGUGCCGUUGAUACCUCAUUUUAUUCUCCAUUUUACGGUAACUUGAGAAUUUGGGGUGCGGAUUUUGCUCCAACUGCUGGUGUUAAAGUCGGUAACGGUACUCUUGUCAACUCUAUUGUCGACAGUCAAUUUUACGACACCAUGAUCGAAGUUUUGUUCCAAGAUUGGACCCAAUAUUGUCACACUGGUACAUACGCUCCUUUGGCUGGAUAUUAA